AUGAUGAGUUUUCUACCCAUUGUUUUUUCCAUUCUAGUAGUGGUUGCAUUUGUUCUUGGAAAUUUGGCCAAUGGCUUUAUAGCACUGAUAAAUUUCAUUGCCUGGGUCAAGAGACAAAAGAUCUCCUCAGCUGAUCAAAUUAUUGCUGCUCUGGCAGUCUCCAGAGUUGGUUUGCUCUGGGUAAUAGUCUUACACUGGUAUGCAACUGUGUUGAAUCCAAAUUCAUCUAGUUUAAAAGUAAGAAUUUUUCUUUCUAAUGCCUGGGCAGUAACCAACCAUUUCAGCAUCUGGCUUGCUACUAGCCUCAGCAUAUUUUAUUUGCUCAAGAUCGUCAAUUUCUCCAGACUUAUUUUUCAUCACUUAAAAAGGAAGGUUAAGAGUGUAGUUCUGGUGAUAGUGUCGGGGGCUUCGUUAUUUUUGGUUUGUGAUCUUGUGGUGGAAAACGUGUAUAUAAAUGUGUGGACAAAAGAAUAUGAAAGAAACAUAACGUGGAAGAUCAAAUUGAGGAAUGCAACGUACCUUUCUAACUUGAUUGUAGUCACGCUAGCAAACUUGAUACCAUUCACUCUGACCCUGAUAUCUUUUCUGCUGUUAAUCUGCUCUCUGUGUAAACAUCUGAAGAAGAUGAAGCUCUAUGGCAAAGGAUCGCAAGAUCCUAGCACCAAGAUCCACAUAAAAGCUCUGCAAACUGUGACCUCUUUCCUCAUACUAUUUGCCGUUUACUUUCUAUGUCUAGUCGUAUCAUUUUGGAAUUAUAAGAAGCAACAGAAAGAACUUGUCUUAAUCCUUUGCCAAGCUAUUGGAAUCAUAUAUCCAUCAUUCCACUCAUUCAUUCUGAUUUGGGGGAACAAGAAGCUAAAGCAGAACUUUCUUUCAAUUUUGUGGCAGGUGACUUGCUGGGCCAAAGGACAGAACCUGUCAACUCCAUAGAUUCACCAGAGGUUUAUUGUGUGUUUUCUAGCAGAAAACAAAUUGAUGGUGUCCAGAACAUUUUAUAUUUCCUACAAGUUUUUGCAUAGUCUAUGUAUUUGAGUAAUUUACAAAAGUAGAAUUGGAAAAUUCUUUUACUUAAGUUUAUUAUAUAAAAGUAUAUAUAUGUGUGUGUGUGUGUGUCUGAAUGUAUAUGAAAACUUAACAUUUACCAUAACAUACCUUUAAUCAAUUUUUCAUAUAAACUGUUCAGUUAUACAAAAGUAGGAUAAGAAAUUUGUCAGAAUUAUGAACUCAUGUGUGUUUCACACAUAUAUUUUAUUGUAUGAUAUUUUGUUUGAGGAAUUUAUGAUCUCUGUUUAUAAUUAAGAACUGACACCUUAUAUCAGAAAAUUAUUGCUGAUGUUC